AUGUCCGUCGUGUCCGACACCAAUAACGUGCACUUUUCGUGCUCGUCGGUGAUUGCCGGCGUUGGUGAAGAAACAUUAGCCCCCCGUAUUGAGGCGUAUUGUGCGUCGAGGGGACUGGCUGCUCUGAGCCGCGUAUAUAUCAGUGCCGUUGGCAGCAGCUCCGUCACCAUCUCAGGGCCGCCUGCACACUUGAAAGAGUUUCUGUUGCAGCACCCAUCCUUCAAGGCAGGGAAGAUUGAAGUAGCCGGACUAUUCCACUCUUCCUGCCUGUACACAAGCGCCGACGUGGACGCACUUGUCUCAGGCCUCGGCGUGUAUACAAGAAGCAGGGCCGUCCGCCUGAAUGUCAUCUCCAAUGCUGAUGAGGCAGUUGACGGUUCGCGUGAAGCAACUUGUGAACAGCUGCUUCAACGCACCGUCGCUGAUGUCCUGCUUCGUCGACUGAGAUGGGACCGUGUGAUUCAGAGAGCCCUCAGCACACUGCGAAGCUCCAAGUUUUCCGAAGCAGAAGUAAUUCCAUUCGCUUCGAGCAGUGUUGAGAGUCUAGCGGCCGCUCUUCGGGCCUCUGAAGAAAUACGAUCCGUAGACGUGUUGAGCACUGCUCCUUUGCUCUUGAGGAGUGAAAGUAAACCAAUAUCCGGACAAAAGUCCAAUCACUCAAAAAUCGCCAUUAUUGGAUUUUCCGGCAGAUAUCCCGAGGCUGAUAGCAACGAAGCGUUUUGGGAACUUCUCGCUGCUGGACUAGAUGUUCACAAAGAGAUUCCAAAAGACCGCUUCGAUCCCUGGCUAUACUAUGAUUCCACUGGUAAAAAGAAGAACACCAGCGGCGUCACCAUGGGCUGCUUUGUCCGCCAACCUGAGCUUUUCGACUCUCGGUUUUUCGGCAUGUCCCCCAGGGAGGCUGAUCAAGCUGAUCCCGCGCAGAGACUGGCACUGAUGACGGCGUACGAGGCCAUGGAGAUGGCUGGAUUUGUGCCCGAUUCCACGCCGUCCACGCAACGCACUCGAGUGGGCGUCUUCUACGGAACCGCCAGUGACGACUACCGAGAAACAAACGCCGCCCAGAACAUUGACACGUAUUACGUCCCCGGCGGCAGUCGUGCCUUUCUACCCGCACGAAUAAACUAUCACUUCCGGUUCAGCGGGCCGUCUUUUGAUGUGGACACGGCUUGCUCGUCCGGCCUUGCUGCUACACAUAUUGCGUGUAACUCCCUAUGGGCCGGGGACUGCGACGUUGCCAUCGCCGGCGGAACGAAUAUAUUGACCAACCCUGACAACUGGGCUGGCCUCGACCGCGCCCACUUCCUAUCACGUACCGGCAACUGCAAGACGUUUGAUGAUGGCGCCGAUGGGUACUGCAGGGCAGAAAGCGUGGCGACGGUUCUGCUAAAGAGGCUUGAUGACGCGCUGCUAGAUGGCGAUCCCAUCUAUGGCACAAUCCUCGGAGCCUACACCAACCACUCGGCAGAAGCAGUAUCCAUUACCAGACCGCACUCGGGCGCGCAAAGAGCCAUCUUUAGUCGGAUUUUGACAUCUGCCAAUGUCGACAGCUCCAAAGUUAGCUACGUGGAGAUGCAUGGGACGGGGACACAGCACGGCGACGCGUGUGAAAUGGACUCUGUCCUGAACGUCUUUGCGCCCGAAGGCUCACGCCGCGAGAAAGCUCUAUACCUCGGAUCUGUCAAAGCCAACAUUGGCCACGGAGAAUCCGCGUCUGGAAUCUCUUCGCUGAUAAAGGUGUUGCUCAUGAUGCAAAAGAGCUCCAUUCCUCGGCACGUGGGCAUCAAGACGAAAAUCAACAGGAAUUUCCCUACAGAUCUUGCGCAAAGAAACGUCCACAUCGCGAUGAAGGAUACCCCGUGGCUGAGACCGGAUCCCAGAGACGCACCGCGUGGCAGAAUAGCGUUUGUCAACAAUUUCGGCGCCGCCGGCGGGAAUUCGUCUGUGCUUGUUGAAGACGCCCCGUUGAGGUCGGACAUGGCGGACGACGACCCUCGACCGCUUCAUAUUGUCGCAGUGUCUGCCAAGACGCAGACGUCGUUCAAGAAUAACCUUCUUGCGCUCGAAAAGCAUCUCCAUGUCCACCCGGAUAUUCCCCUUGGCUCACUUUCUUUUACUACUACGGCUCGGCGUGUUCACUACGGCUACCGCGCCGCCGUCACGGGCUCCAGUCUCCGUGACAUCCGCGAGGCUCUUGCGAGUGCUGCAAACACGGAGAAAUUCCUGUCCACGGCGGGGAAUACGACGCCUAUAGGGUUUUGUUUCACCGGUCAAGGCUCCCAGUACCUCUCCAUGGCCAGGGAGCUCCUCGCGCACCCGCAGUUUUUGUCCCUGGUUACGAGACUGGAAGACAUUGUUCUGCUGCAAGGCUUUGACUCAAUACUCGACGUGCUCUGGGGCACAACAGACGCUCCGAUGGACCAACUGUCCCCCGUUAAAGUGCAAUUGGCUAUAACGUGUUUGCAGAUGGCCCUCGGCAAGUUCUGGAUGGCACUUGGCGUCUCCCCCCAAGUACUUGUCGGGCACAGCCUCGGCGAAUAUGCCGCCAUGAAUAUUGCCGGGGUGCUCUCCGACGCAGAUACCAUACACUUUGUUGGCACCAGGGCGGUUCUUCUCAACAAGUACUGCUCCAUGGGAACUCAUACAAUGCUGGCCCUCAAAGCGUCUGCGGACAAGGUGGCUUCGUUGUUGUCGUCUCAGCCCGGCCUGGAGAUUGCUUGCGUCAAUGGGCCGGAGGAGACGGUGGUUGCCGGCCCCAAAGACCAAGUUGACUCGUUCGUAGCUGUGCUCAACGCGCAAUCGAUAAAAACGACUCUGCUCAAGGUUCAAUUUGCCUUUCAUUCACCCCAAGUAGAGCCGAUGCUGGAGAGCUUUAGACAAAGCUGUGGCUCUGUUGGAUUCAAGGACCCCGUCGUUCCGUUGUUGUCGCCUCUGCUGGGCAAAACAAUCAAAAACGUUGCCGAUUUGGGGUCUCCGGCCGACUAUUUGACACGCCACUGUCGAGGGACUGUUAAUUUUCGCGGCUGCUUGCUUUCGGCAGCAGAGGCAGGUGUCAUCUCUGAGAAGACCGUCUGGGUAGAAGUCGGGCCACACCCAGUCUGUACCAACAUGCUCAAAUCCACUCUGGGAGCAUCGUCAGUCAAGACGCUUCCUACACUGCGGCGUGGCGAGGCUGAUUGGAAGGUGUUCACGUCGACUUUGACGAGCCUGUACAACUCGGGCCUGGCUAUCAACUGGGGUGAGUACCACAGCGGCCUGACGCAGAACAAACAGGUGCUGUGUCUACCCUUUUAUAAGUGGGAGUUGAAGAGUCACUGGAUCCCAUAUGUCCACGACUGGUGCUUGACAAAGGGUGAUGCGCCGCCUCAACCACAGCCGCUGGCAUUGCCUCCACCUACCGCCCAGCAGAAGCCGUUUACGACAUCGGUGCAGGAUAUCAUACACGAGCAAUACUCUAGUGACGAGGCGUGGAUCACGGCACGGUCUGACGUCCAGCAUCCCGACUUCCGGGAGGUGCUCUUGGCGCACAGGGUCAACGGCCAGCCGGUGUGCUCCUCGGCCGUAUAUGCGGACAUGGCAUUGACGCUCUUCACCCGACUCCUCGAGCAGUCUGCCGUGAGCUUUGACAAGUCCGACAUUGGCGUCGAAGUGUCAAACAUGACUGCCGACAAGGCACUUGUGCUCAACGACGACCCGUCGCAUCUCGUCGAGAUGAAGGCGUCGGUCAAGUGGUCGACAAGACAGGCGACCUUCACCAUGUCCAGCAUCUCCAGCACUGGAGCAGAAACCGCACAUCACGCAAAGUGCACCGGGUUCUUUGCGGACAAGAGCCAGUGGAGGACGGAUUUCAAACGACGCGACUUCCUCGUAAAGGCCAGAAUCGACGAUCUCCGACGAUCGAUUCACGACGAUUCGGGGUCCGUCCAUUUGAUCAAGACGGGCAUGUUUUACAAGCUGUUUAGCGCUCUCGUCGACUACCACCCCUCGUUCAAAGGCUGUCGCGAACUGGUCAUGCGCUCCGCAGAACUAGAGUCCUCGGCCAGAGUCAAGUUCAACACACCGCCCGGGACGGCCGACAAGUGGAUGACGCCGCCGUACUGGCUCGACAGUCUGGGUCAAAUCACGGGGUUUACAAUGAAUGCCAAUGACGAGGUCGACUCGAAAAAACAAGUGUAUAUCAACCACGGCUGGGAAAACAUGAAGCUCAUGGAGCCGCUGUCCGAAGACGUGACGUACACUACAUAUCUCAAGAUGCAGCCAAAGGACAAGGGCUCCUACAUGGGGGAUGUGUACAUCUUCAACGAGGGGGCGAGGGAUAUCGUUGCCGUCUACGAAGGGGUGACCUUUUCCGCGGUGCAGAGAAAUAUACUCGACAAGGUGCUCCCGAAGCCCAAGUCGGAGACGUCGAAGCCCGUCCCUUCACAGCCCGUCCGCGCCGCCUCGGCGCCAUAUGGGCCUCAGACUCCGGCGGUUGAUCGAGAGCCGUCAACGGAGCCGCCUGCGCUGUUGCAGCCGCACAAAUACGACGUGCCUGCGGACAAGCUCAAGGCCAUCAUCGCCGAGGAAGUCGGGGCCCCGGUCUCGGAUGCGCAGGAUGACGCCGAACUUGCAGGAUUGGGCGUCGACUCUCUGCUCGCGCUGACGAUUUCGGACCGGAUGCUCGAGGAGCUCAACGUCAAGGUGGAUUCGACGGCCUUUAUCACCUGCAAGACGGUUGGAGAGGUCAUCCAGCUAAUAGCCGGUUCGUCAGCGCCAUCGUCGGACUCUGAGCCUUCCACUCCGCCUGUGACUCCGCCGCCGCCUCGAGAGCCAGAUUAUGAGAAUACUCAUCUGUCUCGGGGGGUGGAAGCAGCGCUGUCCGCUCUGUCCAUCGACUCGGACGAAUACCCCCAUAUUGCAAACAUGAAUGGCAAAAACAAGCUAGCACCAGCGUUUGGCGUCGUCUCUCCUCUGACAGUCCUCCCGCAGCCAUCCCACGUGCCGCCAGCGUCUUCCGUUCUCCUACAAGGAAACCCGCUGACGUGUUCGCGGAGAGUCUGGCUAUUCCCAGACGGAUCCGGCUCCGCGACUUCGUACCUGCCGCUCCCAGACGUCGACGUGGACAAGGUGGCCGUCUACGGCCUCAGCAGCCCCUACGUCAGGCGCAGCGACAGCAAGCCCUGCCAGUUUGAAGAGCUGACGACCGCAUACCUCACCGAGAUGCGCAGGCGUCAGCCGGCAGGGCCGUACAUUGUGGGCGGCUGGUCGGCGGGCGGCAUCUGCGCAUACGACGCAGCGCAGCGGCUCGUUGCCGAGGGAGAGGCCGUGGACGGGCUCAUCCUGCUCGACAGCCCCAAGCCCAUCGGGCUCAAGAAGCUGCCGCCGAGGCUGUACUCUGAGCUGGACAAGCUCCAGAUGUUUGGGUCGGACAGCAGGAAGCCACCGGCGUGGCUGCUGGCGCACUUUGUCUUGUUUGCCGACAUUUUGAGCACGUACACGCCUCGCGCGUGGGCCGAGGCAAAACCCCUGCCCACCUGGGCUCUCUGGGCGAGGAACGGCACGGAUGAGGGCGGGACAAUUGAGGUCUGGCCUGAUGAUCCGGAGAAUCUGCUGUGGCUGCUGCAUAGGCGGGCCGCGCUGGAUGCCAACGGCUGGGAUCAGCUGGUUGGCAAGGACAAUGUCGUGGUGGACGUGGUGGAGGGGGCGCACCAUUUCAACAUGUUGAAGCAGCCGGGCGCGAGGCAAGUGACGGACUUUAUUAGACGAGCGGUGACUUGCAUGGCUGGGGGCUUCUUGUAG